AUGUUUAACACACAGAAAGAAUAUAAGAAAUGGAGGCGGUCGCGAACCGACACGCAGCGAAAUGUGGGCCACGUGACGCGCACAUACGUGCGUGGUCCCGACGAACAGCUGGGUAUCGCCGAUAGCCAGGUGCCCUUCCAGAGGGUCUCCGUCAGCGGUAUACAUGUCACUGGGGUUCCCCUGGAAGACCUGGUAAGGGCAGCAUCGCUUCUAAUAAGCGCGCUGAAUCUACGGCAGCAGUAUAUGGACGUGUCAGGGCAGUCGUUUUGCAAGUCUGUGGCACAGUACCUGGUUGGCCGCGGCCUGCCGCAGCGCACUGCCAGAAACAAAAACCACUUUUCCAUAAUCUUCGAUAAAGCAUUAAAGGAUAUCGGCAGUAAGGGUGAAAUUAUUCAAAUAUUAGCGUUGUAUAGAUCACCCAAUAAGUAUACAUACCACCAUUGGCCUCUUUAAAUGUUCACACUACCAACAUCCAGACUCAAUGACUGCAGAUGCUGCGGGGCUCACGGCUUUACAUGUCUUUCAAAGUUUAGAAGACUAUGAUUUGAUAUUAAAAUAUUUAUCACCCAUCUUACGAAUGGUCUUUGCUAAAGUUACUCAACUUCCGCAAUUGGAAACCGAAUACGAAAAUAGUUGCGUUAUCGAGUGCCUCAUAAAACUUGUAAAUUGCCCAUUAGCGGAAGAGGCGGAGCGGUACUUGCAGUUGACGAAUUGCUCCUCGGACAAUAUAGACCAUGCCACCAGCCCACAACGCUCCUUCAUCGGCAUGUAGAUGAAGAUAUUAUAGUUAUCAUACCUACCACAUGUAUGACAGUGAACGAGAUGGCGACGACCCGCAGCUACAUCCAGCGGCCCAGUACAACGCGCCCCUCCAUAGAGAGCCACGAAGACCUCUCGCAACCGCUCACAGCAAUGGAUCUGGACCCGUGGGCAUGUCCGAUGCCUCCCGCGCGGCCUUACGAGUGCCGGUGGCGGCACGGCGCCAUGCGGCUGUACAGGGACGCGGCCGCUGCCGACGCGGACCAGCCGCUCCCCUACCGAUACAUCUCCUUCGAGCAUAAGUCGUUCUGCUACCGUCGGUUGUCGUAUCUGUCCUCGAAGUUCAAGAUGCAUGCCCUGCUCAAUGAGUUACACGAGCUCGCGCUGCAGAAAGCAGUGCCUCAUCGGGAUUUCUACAAUAUAAGGUAAACUUUAAGUACUUACAGUAAAGAUAUUCUCAAAACUGCUUCGAGCUCAAUCAAAUAAUAAAACCUAUUUCAAAAUGGUUUUAAUUGAAGCUAAAUGCUAUCACAGCGUUGCGUUCGACAACGAAUUCGAGGAUGUUUUAAUAGAGUAACAAAACAGGAGGGUCAUACUCGAAAGGAUUGGUAUAAGUUUUUUAAACCCGUUCAGUAAUUGACAUAAUAUAUUUUAAUGAAGAUGUAGACACCUUUUUACAUAUUUUUAUUUUAUACAUAUAUAUGAAAUAUAUUUUAUUUUCAAAAAAAUUUUUUUAAAAAUAUAUUUGAUUUUCAAAAUUUCUCACGAAAAUGCCAUUUCUGUCAUGGCGUCGCUACGACGUCAUGGCACUCGGAAACGAAUAUCAUUCUAUGUAUGCGUAAGGUUCAAUUCUCUAAGUUCUGAUAUAAGAAGGGCGUGCCGUCACGCGCUGUUUGCGGUCACGUGACAAUGAGCAUAAAAUAUUUAUUUUUUUCAUACAGUACAUUAAACACUACCAGAAAAAAUAUAUGUAUUUAUUUACGUUUACUGUCUACACCCGUGUUAUGAUAAAGGAAAGUGGACACCCACAUACACGCCGCCUCGUGUAUGAACCAGAAGCACCUGCUGCGGUUCAUAAAGCGUACGCUGCGACAGCACGCGGCCGAGGUGGUCACCAUGCACGACAACGUGCCGAUGACUCUGAAGGCUGUCUUCGAGGAGAUGCAGCUCGAUGCUUACGACCUCAAUGUCGAUAUCCUCGACGUGCACGCGGAUCGCAAUACAUUCCAUCGGUUCGAUAAAUUUAACGCGAAAUAUAAUCCGGUAGGAGAGAGCCGCCUGCGAGAGGUGUUCCUAAAGACUGACAAUUACUUAAAUGGAAAAUAUUUCGCUAGGAUUAUCAAGUUACCUUUGAUAUCGCAGGAGGUAAUAGCGGAUUUACAGGAGACUAAGUAUACGUAUGUGGAGCCUCGUAUAUCCAUCUACUGCAAGAAUAAGAACGAAUGGAACAAACUCGCCACGUGGGCGCUGCACAACGACGUACACUCGUCACACGUGCGAUGGCUGGUGCAGGUGCCGCGACUAUACGAUAUAUACCGCAUCAACAAACUGUUGCGUAAUUUCCAAGAGUUCCUGAACAACCUCUUCGACCCAUUGUUCCAAGUAUCCGUUGAUCCGAAUUCCAAUCCAGAACUGCAUAAAUUCCUCACGCACGUUAUCGGUUUCGACAGUGUGGACGAUGAAUCUAAACCUGAAAAUCCUCAUCUGCACCCCGGCAUGAAGACUCCGGAGUACUGGGAUGACGAGGAGAAUCCUCCAUACGCGUACUACUUGUACUAUAUGUACGCCAAUAUGGUCAUGCUUAACCAGUUACGCAAAGAGCAAGGCCUGAACACGUUCCUGUUACGGCCUCACUGCGGGGAGGCGGGGCCGCCCACGCACAUGUGUGCGGCGUUCCUGCUCGCCGACAACAUCUCGCACGGACUCAUCAUGAGGAAGGUGCCGGUGCUCCAGUACAUGUACUACCUGGCGCAGAUCUUCAUAGCGAUGUCUCCGCUGAGCAACAACUCGCUGUUCCUCCGUUACCACCGUAACCCACUGCCCGAGUACUUCGCCAGGGGACUCAGAGUCACGCUUAUUGUACUGCAGGAACCGCUCAUGGAGGAGUACAGUAUAGCGGCGCAGGCUUGGAAGCUGAGCUCGUGCGACAUGUGCGAACUGGCACGGAAUUCUGUGCUCAUGUCGGGAUUCCCUCACGAGAUGAAGCAGUACUGGGUGGGUUCAGCGUACCUGGAGGAUGGUCCCGAGGGUAACGACAUAACGCGCACCAACGUGCCCGACAUACGGAUCUCUUUCAGGCACGAGACGCUACUCGACGAGCUGGGCAACCUGUUCCGGGUCACCGUCGACUAGCCACUAGUUCAGGUAUGCGUUACGUGUACGUUUUCUUUACAGGUACUGGGUGUGUUGACGUGGGAAAAUUGAGUGUGUUUUACUUGGUAUUUGUAAAUUAUUUGAAAUGAAAAUAAAUGUUCUAUUUAGUA